AUGGCCGCCGCUCGCUUUUCUUCUCGCAUUCUCAACCAGGUGCGCAUCCCUAUACCAACCCAAAUUGGCUAGAAGUGGACCCAGACUCGUAGGCUUACGCUGCUAUUUACCUCCCGUCCUCCUAUCGCAGUCGGUUCGCGGCUAUGCCGCCCCCGCCAGCGUCAAGGCACCCCUGCAACUCAACGGCCUGCCAGGUGAGCAAAGGGCUGCCGGGACUGCAUUCUCAGCAGCAUGAAUGCUUAAUCGUCUUUUGGUUUCCCUUUGUUGAUGAUGCACAGGCAAGUACGCGACCUCGGCCUACCAAGCUGCCGCCAACAAGGACAGCAAGACUCUCGAUGCCGUCGAGAAGGACCUGCGCAGCGUUCAAACUUCCUUGACCGGAUCUCAGGGAGUCAAGCUUAGAGACUUCAUCAACAAUCCUACUCUGGGCGUCAAGGAGCGCAGCCAGGGUCUCGACUCCUUGCUUGGUGGACAGGAGAACGCUAUCACCCGGUGAGCAUCGCCCGGACGUGUUUGUAAUGGCGGCGACAAGGGCGAUUGGAUGGUCAUUGAAGGCUUGUCAGAGGGCUGCAACAGGCGUACUCAUAGACGUAUCGCAGAGGGGUUCUUUGAUGGUCUGAUCAUCCACGCUACUUCGCUCACACAUCAAUCUCCUCGCGUGAUCGCCUUUACAUACAGCAACCUCUUCGAAGUGCUUGCUGAGAACGGACGCCUGCCAGACACGGAAAAGGUCAUCGAAGGUUUCCUCGAACUCAUGAGCGCGCACCGUGGGGAGGUUGUCAUCACCGUUACAAGCGCCGCUGUGAGUAAAGUAGCAGGAAAUGUUCAGCCCGAGAGGUAACAGUGUGCAGACUGUGGCUUGGCCGAGGGGUUGCUUCAGUGCACGCAUACCAGGCGCCCUAUUCUUGGACCUCCUAGCUGAGUUCAGGUCCCGUACCCCUUUCUCGCAGCCCCUGGACAAGUCCACCGCUUCCCGUCUCGAGAGCGCUCUUAAGGGUAGCCAAGCAGCUUCCGCUGGAAAGAGCGUCAAGAUCGUUCAAAAGGUCUCUCCCGGAAUCCAAGGCGGUUUGCAGGUCGACUUUGGAGACCGAUCCGUGGACCUCUCUGUCUCCAGCCGCGUUCAGCGACUCAACGCCCUGCUCAGCCAGGGCGUCUAG